AUGGGUCUUGACUAUCUAAGCUUCGUUGGAUCGUUCCCAGUCUCUUUGCAAAUUGGCUCUGCGCGCAAGGACUUCUACAUCCAUGAAGCACUCAUCAAGCAGCAUUUUGAAACACUCUAUGAUGCUUAUAUUAAGAGUCGCUGCAACGAACGCGAGAUUUUUGAAGAUGUUGAAGAAGACACGUUCGUGCGUUUUGUGGAAUUUGCAUACACGGGCAGUUACUCCGUUCCACAUCCAGCAGCCCUCCCUGCCAUGAAUGAGAAUGAUGACGGCCGUCGAGCUCCGGCUGAACCAGAUACUGUACCCUAUCCGGAUGAGACUAGCUUACAGGCUGGGACCGGGGCAGUCCCUUUAGACGAACCUAUUGCUGAAGCACCGAGUAUUACAGAAGACUGCGCAAUUGCGGAGCCACCUGCACCUACGGCAGAAGAAGUGACUGAAUUCCCUUCUGAGAUCUCAUGGAACGGAUGGAGCUCCAAGAAGAUGAAAAAGAAGCGAAAGCAGUUUACGGAUUACCAUCCAUUCCCAGAGUCACUACCCCUGGAAGAGCCUUCGAUUGGUGAAAGCCGAGGAGCAACGACCAAGAAAGAAACAUUGUGGAACUCAUUCACAAGCCGCGCCAGGCUCAAGGCACUUUCACCUUGGGAGCCUGAUACUUCACCAGACGCUGAUUUAGACUUUUCGCCUGUUCUCCUGUCUCACGCAAGGCUCUAUGUCUUUGCAGACCGGUUUAAAACCUCCCCUUUGCGACAGCUCACCCUGGAUAGGCUCCGUUUAACUCUAUCUCGAUUUGACCUCUUCUCCGAGCGCACAGAUGCCAUUGUUGGACUGCUGGAGUAUACAUACAAAAAGACCGAAGACUCGGAAGACGAUCUUGAUAAACUCCGAGAGCUUGUCAUCGAUUAUGUCGCUUGCCAUGUCGAAAAUCUCACCGAAAAUCGCGCGUUCUUGCAUCUUCUUCAGGAGCCUGGCUCACUGUGCAAGGACCUCAUGCUGAAGGUGCUACAGCGUUUGGACUAA